AUGGGUGAUGCUGGAUUUUUUAAAGGUACAAGUGCAGACCAAGAUAGUCGAUUUAGUAAUAAAGAAAAGAAGCUCUUGAAGACCAUGUCUUUUCCACCUGAAUUUGAUAAGAAAGUGGACAUGAAAAAGGUCAAUCUUGACGUUAUUAGACCAUGGAUUGCAAACAAAGUCACUGAAUUACUUGGAUUUGAAGAUGAAGUUGUUGCUGAUUAUGCGGCCAGUUUGUUGGAAGAAGAGAAUAUCGAUCCAAAAAUGAUGCAAAUCAACUUGACUGGCUUCUUGGAGAACAACGCAAAAGUAUUCGUUAAAGAACUUUGGAACUUAUUAUUAAGUGCUCAAAAUUCUGUAGGCGGUAUCCCUGCAAUAUUUAUAGAACAAAAGAAGGAGGAAUUACGUAAAAAGAGAGAAAGAGAAGAAGCAAAACGAGCCGAGCGUGAUUCAGUGAUGGAAACGAUCAAAAGACGUAGAAAUGAAGAAAUGGACGAUCUCAAAGAAGAGAGAAAGUCGCGCUUUGUAAGUUGGGCUGUCUGUUGUCAUGUCAAUCCAUUCAUCUUUUUGUUUUCUAGGAUCACCGUAGUAGAAGUAGAGAGCGAAGAAGAAAGAGUCAUAGUCCAUCUCGAUCCCGUUCUCGUUCUCCAAGAAGGCAUCAUCGUCGCCAUGAAAGAGAUAGCUACCAUAGCAGACAUGAUGAUAGACACCGUCAUCGUGAAUCAAGAAGGAGAAGAAGCCCAAGAUAUUAGUUUAUUAUUAUAA